AUGUCUCAGUCUAACAUUGAAGGGCAAAAGAAGGCCAUUGCAGUGUCUGCUGCGGUCCAGCAGAGUGACAACAUGGCACAUGCAUUGGCGGGCGCUGGAGGCGGUAUACUGUCAAUGCUCUUGACUUAUCCCCUGAUAACCCUCUCCACGAGAGCGCAAGUCGAAUCCAAGCGUGCCCAUUCCACGACGUACGACGCAAUACGCCGCAUCAUUCAACGAGAGGGGGUUUCUGGGCUCUAUUCCGGUCUUGAAUCUGCGCUCUUUGGCAUCAGCGUCACGAACUUCGUCUACUACUAUUGGUACGAAUGGACGCGUUCGGCUUUCGAAAAGGCGGCUGCGCGGGCGGGGCGCUCCUCAAAGAAGCUCACGACGGCGGAGUCAAUGAUCGCGGGCGCUAUCGCCGGGAGUGCGACGGUCCUGAUCACAAACCCUAUAUGGGUUGUAAACACUAGAAUGACAGCUCGCAAGUCCGAGUCGGAGCAAGAAACAUUGCCAGGGACUCCUCCCAAGAAGUCGCGGGCCUCUACAAUUAGUACAUUGUUGGACUUGCUCCGGCAAGAGGGGCCCAAGGCUCUCUUUGCUGGCGUUUUGCCAGCCCUCAUUCUGGUUAUCAACCCGAUUCUACAGUACACAAUCUUUGAACAGCUGAAGAAUAUUGUGGAGCGUCGUAGGCGUAUGACGCCAAAGGAUGCGUUCUAUCUUGGGGCGCUUGGUAAGAUACUGGCAACUUCGAUCACCUAUCCCUAUAUUACAGUGAAGAGCCGCAUGCAUGUCGCUAGUAAAGAUGGCCCUAAGGAGAGUCUGAACGGGAGCCUGAAGAGAAUCGUCAAGGAAGAGGGUUUUGUGGGCCUUUACAGAGGCAUUGGGCCAAAGGUCACACAGAGCGCCAUUACCGCAGCUUUCUUGUUUGGGUUCAAGGACGUUCUUUAUGACCUUAUGGUCUCUCUUCGUAAGAGGAACCGGGCAAUUUCCAAGUGA